AUUCAAUGCGAUGCCCAUUAAAAUCGGACAAAAUCCUGUCAGGAUGUCUGAAAUUCAUUCUACACAGGAUGUUUCAAGUAGCCCACCGAUCGUCUCCUUCCAUUACAUUACUUUUUUAAAGUCGACAUAAGUGUUGCACAUCGGAAGCAUGCAUACAAGACUCCAGCUCCCUAAUUUUUUUUGAAGGCUUAUGGAACAUCUCACCAGGUUAACUUCCAAACACAUCCCGAUUCCACGUUCUUUUCACCUGACCUCGGCUUCGGUUUGUCGUCCGCUUACACGCAAUGUUCCCAGUAUCGCUGGUCUCUUUACCUUGUCGGCAGCGUCUGUGGGCCCACCUGACUCCCUCACGGGUUGUGUCGCCGAAAGGUAUCACGAGUAUUUUCCGACUGGUUUCACCCUGGAGGCCCUUGUUAAACAUCUGCGCAAUUGGUGGGACGGAGUGGGACCAGAAUUAACUCCACGACCAGCUAAAAUCCCAGUGGAUGUUUCAUCAUCAUGGACGCACUCUAGGCUGAGUGUGAAUCAUUCUCAGAUAGACUACGUUAGGUUAAUCCAGCUGCUGAUUUCCCUGGUCGGUAUUGGUCUGUCCCUAAAGCUGUUAUUCUAUGUGGUCGAGCAGAUCAAUCCGACCGCAAAAGAAAAGCGAAUUGCUAGAAAACGGGCACAGCAGCUGUUCGCCCAAAUGGGUAUCAAAACAGUACCACCACUGAACGACUAUGAGGUAGGAAUCGUUGCCAACCUCGUGGACACGCGUGUUCUAUCUACCGACUGGCAUUCCAUCGGCGGCCUGGAUUCUGUGAUAGAUGAAAUAAAAGAGUCCGUAAUCGCACCAUUCCAGCAAUUACAGUUAGUUCCCUACUUUUCGAAACUUCUUCGGCCACCUAAGGGUGUGCUUUUAUUCGGACCACCUGGCUGUGGAAAAACCAUGCUCGCCCGUGCAAUGGCCCGUCAAGCGAAGGCCUACUUCAUCAAUCUACAGAUUUCGACGUUGGUAAACAUGUGGUACGGUGAAACCCAGAAAUACGUCGAGGCAACAUUCAGUUUGGCUCACAAACUCCAACCAUCCAUUAUUUUCAUAGACGAAUUAGAUUCGUUUCUAACCACUCGAAGUUGCACGGACAACGAGUCUACUCGGAUGAUCAAAACACAGUUCAUGGCCUUGUGGGAUGGACUAUUGACAGAGGAGAACACACGAAUACUCAUAGUUGGUGCGACCAAUCGGCCGCAAGAUUUAGAUCAAGCCAUCUUACGUAGACUACCAUACAAAGUGUCUGUUCCCAUGCCUGAUAUAAAUCAGCGCAUCCAAAUUCUGUCAAUCUGUCUACGUGGCGAGCCGCUGGCCAUUGGACUCACGGAUGCCGACAUUCGGGAAGUCGCAAGUAAGACUGAUGGCCUGUCCGGAAGCGACUUGAACGAACUGUGUCGUGAGGCUGCAUUCUGCUGUUAUCGGCUUGAGCGGUCGCGUGAAAAUGCUGUCAACAUGCGCCUUCGACGGGAGCACUUUUUCACCGCGCUACAGAUAUUCUUGCGAAACCGCGUUUGCACCAAUCCGUACCGAGUAGAACAGAACCUACCAGUGGAUUGAAAGACGAAAUUUCAUCCGUGAUGCUCUAGUUCACUGAAAACAAUAUCACAGUGGAAGAAGUUUCCUGUACAGUUUAUUUCGCUUGUUUCAUUCCACUGCGUCUGUUCUUUAUCUGAACUACCGUACUGCUUCCUUUUUCUCGAACGGUAGAAACUUUUGUUCCAGAACCAGGCGCCGCGUUAGGUGACAAAUCCAACG